AUGGCGGGACGUACAAACACUCCAAUGACUGCGCGAGUGAACAAAACAAAGCGUAAAUAAUAAAGUUUAACGCAGCGGUAAUAACCGGAGACUGCUCAUCGUCAGCUCCUCAGCAGGUAAACGCCGGUGACCAUGAACCGGGGCGGGAGAGAGCCGGACCCCGGGUCUGGUCUGACAGGCUCCCCGCUGGAGCGGCGAGCGGGCCAACGGAAGCCAAACCGCCUGAGCAGAAGCUUCAGACGGACCCAGAGUGCUGCGGAGGCUGGGCCUCCGAGCAGCCAGCGGGCAGAUUUUAAGACCCCGACCAGGAUCCACAGAUCCAGAACAGCUGGUGGGUUCAGUGGAGAGUCUCCACACAACGAGUCCGACUUUCAGCAGGACAUCAUCUGGGACGCCACCUCUCCUUCACCCUGCAGACUCGGUAGAAAAGGCAGAAAACAGCCAGCUGGAGUUGUGAACAUCUCAGAGAUCGUCAGCAGGAUCGCUCCUAAGCAUGGCAGACCCGAGGCUGCAGAGCCCACGUUACAGCAGUGGAUCGGAGACAGCGCCACCAUCCCCUGCACUCCAGACGUUCAAGUUCCCAAACCCAAGAGGAAGUCGCCGAGAUCGAGCGCGGUGGACGACCUGCUGAAGCUGGCCAAACAGUUUGACUUCAACAUGUUUCGACACGACGAAGAAGAAGUGGAGGACAUGCACCAGCAGAGGCUGGAGCUCCUGUCUGAGGACAUCUCGGAUUUUGAGAACGGUGAUCAGAGGGACUUUUCACCUUCAUUUCACGGAAACUGUGAACCGGCUGUAAGCGCAGCAGCUGGGACAGAUGUGCAGGUUCGUCCGGAUCAACAUACGGAGGACGAUUUGGAUUUUCUUUUUGACGGACCGACCCAACAUGUGAGCGGAAAUUUAAGCCAGGUGUCGUCUGCUCAGCCGUCACAGGUAAAACCUGCUCCUGCUUUAUCCUCCAAAGAGGCUUCUGGGAAAACUCCCGCUGCAGAUGUUUCCACGACAAACCCUGGAGGUGGGACAGCGAAGGACGAGUUCGAGGACGACUGGGAAAACGAUGACUUGCUAAAUGACUCUCUGGUGUUGGAGAUGACACAGAAUCCACAGAGUUUCACUGCUCCGCAGCACUGCUCUACACAGAAACCACCCAGUGUCCGAGAACAUCGGAGUCCAGCAGCUCCAGCUGCUGCAGGUCUGAGUUUUGGCCAAUCAGCUGUUUCUAAAGUGGAAAAAGAAAAUGUGAGACAAAGAGCGACUUUCAAACUGGAGUCUAAUCCCAUUUCCUCUGAGAAGAGACUCCAGACAAACACAUGGACAAACUGGGAGGUGGAUUACAGCUCAGAAACAGCAGGCGGACGCACUCAGCAGAGCAGCUUUUCGUGCCGUAAAGGUUUUUCAGGUGAGAGCGGAUCUCAGCGGCGUACCUGGCAGACAUCAAACACAGUGAAGUCAGACCAGCAGAGGACGUCUGUUUCCAGCUCCGUCUCUGCUUUGUCUGCGUCCAUCACAUCAUUUACAAAAACAGCUGUGAGUUUUCCUAAGCGACCUCAGGCAGUGUCUCCCCACGUCCAGCCAGCGGCUGUCUCUGACUUCCUGGACGAGGACCUGGACUCGUUCUUCUCGUCAGAAACUCUUUGGGACGACACGGCUGAUGACGACCUGCUGUGUGAAAUCUGUGAAGACCUGGAGAACCAGAUCCAGAGCCUGGACAACGUGUCCACCAAACAGACUCCUCUCGUUGGUCAGACGUCAAACCAGAGAGCAGUUCUGCAACCGUCCAACAGAAUCUGGGACAGCAGCAAUCAGCAGCCAGCCAAUCGGCAGCCUGUUUGCCCCACAGCGCCCCCCGGUGGCUCAGGUAGACCUGCUGGUGGUCCACUGGCUGGUGCUUCUGCCUUUAACGUCACUGCAGGUGCACAGGUGAACACCGCGAGGGAGUCCUUCAGACACGCUCAAUCAAAAACCACCUCAGGAUCCACCAACAGCUCCACAUGUCAGCGGGGCAGCAGCAGGGUCCAGUCAGCCUCUGCAGCACCACCACCACCACCACAGGGGAAAACCAGUAAGGACCAGUUCACCUUCAAGAAGCCAAACAACCCGGUCUCCACUGUGACCGACAAAGUUCGAGGGAAAUGUUCAGCAGCAGAGAUCGAGCUGAAGAAGCAGCAGGCGAUGGAGAGGAGACGACAGCGCCUGCAGGCCGCCCAGAACCUCCGAGCUCUGACGUGACGGAGACAAAACGCCCGACAACAACACUGCAGACAGGACGGGAUCUCACCGGGACAGGGUCUCACCGGGACAGGGUCUCACCAGGACGGGGUCUCACCGGGACGGGGUCUCACCAGACCGGUCACCUGAAGCUGAACCCAAACAGAGAGCUGGGCAGGGACUGCUGCCACCUCUGCCAGUUCUAACAGCUCACCACAUUUUAUAAAGACAGUGAAUUAAUGUAUUUCUAAAAAUGUUGAACUGCUCCUUUAAUGCCAGAUUUAUAUUCAGACAGUUGUCGAUCACAUUUCUGAGGCAGCGCUGACUGUUCAGCGAUUUGUCUGAAGAGGAUUCACUGAACAUUUCUGUGCUUCAUCUUCUGUGAAGCUCUUCAUCAGACUCAUCUCAGUGUUUUACCAAUAAAAAUAACUUGAUAUCAUUAUUGAAUGUGAUCGUUCUUUGUUUUUAUCGCACAGUUGGAGCCUUGAACGCACCGCAGCUGCAGCUGUAAACUAACGUUAACCAGAGACAGUUAAAGUUAACUCCCAUUAAACUGCCGGUGACACAGAAACACAGAUUCUAACGAAUGCUCCCAGCAGAAAUGUACUCUGGAAAAGGUAAAACAACCACCUGUCC